CACUGCAGCUGUGGGACCAGUGAGCUUCGGAGCGGACAGACAAAACAUCAUCUCCCGCCUCUCCGCUCUCUCCCGGUCAAUUGUCACUCCGACAUCACACCACCCACCACCGCCGUCGUCACCAUGCUGUCCCGCACCGCCGUCGCCGUCGCCCGCCGGGCCACCGCUGCCCCCGCUCUCCGUCGCAGCAUCGCCACCACCGUUGUGCGCCGCCACGCCGAGUCCAAGGCCCCUACCGUCCACAUCAAGACUCUCUCCGAGAUCAAGACCAAGGAGGACCUCAUCGGCCCCGGUGCCAAGCCUGGCACUGUCCCCACCGAUAUCGAGCAGGCCACCGGUCUCGAGCGUCUCGAGAUUCUCGGCAAGAUGGAGGGCGUCGACGUUUUCGACAUGAAGCCCCUUGAUGCCUCCCGCAGGGGCACCAUGGAGAACCCCAUCUCCGUCCGCUCCGCCGGUGAUGAGCAGUACGCCGGUUGCACUGGCUUCCCUGCCGACUCCCACAACGUCAUCUGGCUCACCAUGACCCGCGAGCGCCCCAUCGAGCGCUGCCCCGAGUGCGGCAACGUCUACAAGAUGGAGUACCUCGGUCCCCAGGACUCCCACGACCACGACCACGACCACGACCACCACGGCUUCGAGGAGCCCAAGACCUUCGCCGACUUUGUCAAGCCCCAGUACUGGUAAAUACCCAGUUUUGUUGGGUUGGUAAGGGAGGUUCGGUACUUGGAAUGGGUUGUUAAUAGAAGAAGACUUUGAUAAAUACGAUGCAUGCAUAUGACAAGUUUACUGGGAGGCAGCAUUGUGAAUCGCGAACCUAGAGAAUAUGGGGGUGGUGAGGUUGGGUAGGUGGCUGAACCUGCAUUCGAAAAACCUGGAGUUGUAGAUUACUACCUGUUACCCUGGGCUACCAAAGACUAAAGAUGAGUUGUAUAGACUACCGAGA